UGCCUGGAUACCGGUAGCAGCAUGACUGUACGUCAGCUGCUUCUUGUGGGUUGUGGGCUACUUGCGGCCAACGCUAAGCAUAUUGUGUCCAACCCGGUGAUGCUGUUGUUGAGCUAUGGUGCUCACACAAUGGCUCAACCCCCUGCGCAUGUCGUUGGCAUUACGAUUGCGCCCAAUGCUGAACCACUUGCCGUACCAGCUAGUGAACUCAACAAUUCUGUCGUAUUGUUGCUCAGUGCUGGCAUUCGCGAUGUGAUGACGAUGAAGAGUCUCGCGGUACCUCCAGCGAUCCGAACCAACGAAAUCGUAGUCGACAUCACUGACCUCGACUUGCUCCGUCCUCCCCAGAGCAAAGUGCAUGCGAUAUCUGGCAUCACUGCCGCAUUAUCCAUUGUGUCUGGUGCGUUCGUGGCGAUACUUGGAUUUAAAAUGCGUCGACUUGCAGUGCUCCUAUGUGGGUUUGCAGUGGGUGGGCUCUCGUGUUAUGCCCUUGCGACCACCGUCCACUUUUCUGAUCCGUCGUCGAUCGUGCUUGGUGCGUGGCUGUCGUUCCUGGUCGGCGGCCUCCUCGUUGGUGUCAUAUGCAUGCUUGUUGAACAAGUGGGCAACUUUGUCGUUGGUGCUUCGGGGCGCGCGUCCAUGACGAUCUUGAUUCACAUUUCGUUCAACUACUUGGGCUCGCCAUCCAACCCCAACGCCGCGUUGUACAUAUUUGGAGCCAUAUUAUCACUGACGUUGGGACUCGUGGCCGUGCUCAUGGGCAAACCAUUCUUGAUCGUAGCCACUGGCCUUACGGGGGCACUGGAAUUUGUCUGGGGAAUUGGGUAUUUUGUAGGUCAAUACCCAUGCGUGAUUGCGUUGCCGCGAACGCAAUACCUUACAGGAGGUGCGUGGCACUACGACAACCCAUCGGCGUGGUGGGUCUACCUCUCGGUCAGUCUGGCGGUUGCUAUCGUUGGCAUUGGACUGCAAUUUGCUGUUACGGCUGUGGACGCACCCCCCAAGAAACCGCAAGAUCUCCAUCAUGCCACCCGUAAAUCAGGCCAUCGUGAUGUCCUUGGACCCCCAGAUGCACACCGCCACACUCAUCGCAUCAACGAUGACGCUAUUGAAUUAGUCGAAAUUACCUACAGCCGACACGGUCGAUUUAGCAGAACCCUCGAAGACGACCUUGAGCGGAAUCCCCAUCGAUAUGGAGAAGACAUGGAACCCGUGACGGAAACCGCCUUCGUCACCAUCCAUUCGGAAGUGCGUCAAGGCGGCUUUGUGUGGUCACAUUUGAUUUGGAUGAUGUACGGCGCGACAGCUUCGGACGGCCUGCUGGGCACUCGCAUCAGCACUGCGGCUUCGAUGCAGCCGUAUCUGCUUUUGGCUACAAACGUCGCCAUGAUGGCCUGUGUUCUCGUCGUGACACUUUCCAUGCAUGCCUCCAUGCAGCGAUACGAUGCAUUAAGUGACAAGCUGGACAUGUACUUGAACAACCAAGCCACCACCCUUGGUUCUCAUCAAGCACAACCACUCCAGUUACCGUUCAAGUUCGCCGUGAGCCACGUAACCCCUCGUAAAGAUCAGUCGAUGCGAGGGACAUGCUGGGACUUUGCCACCAUUGGCGUGUUGGAGCAGUCGUAUCGCGCAGAGGCGAUUCGAAAGGGUUACCUCACCGUGAACCAGUACGUGUCGUUCUCAGAACAGGCGUACGGUGCGGAAAUUCUCGAGUUGUGUGCUGGCCCUGCAAAUUCCCCCCAACAAGUCGCGUGCCGUGUUGCUGGUGAUUCGAUGUGGAAAAACUCGACUGAAGGGGGCGAAGUGGCCGUGUUGUACUAUUUGCAAUAUGGCUUGAAAGAGUCUGUGUUUCCCGAUGCGAUUUGCCCAUACUUGAACGACAACAACGGCAGCGACUCGAUCUGUCCUGGGUUGUCCGACACUCGGCACGCAGACAAUCCCAUCUCGUUUACCAUUCGCUCGAUGGAGACGUGGUACGAAGACUUGACCAUCAAGCAGCAAUUGUUUGCCCAGAACAAGGCGAUGGCGCUGUCGACCCCUGUCACAUACGUCACACACUACUACCCAUGUCUGUCCCGCUUCAGCCACGACUCGGACCCGCACUGCUCGGUGGACCAAUGCACGCUGUGUCCCCCUGAAAUGGCGGCCACGACCUGCUGCAUCCCGUUGAAAGGCGGGCGCAACCGCAACAUGGAAGGCGAGUUCUUCCACCAUCGCGGUAUGACCAUCGAAGGGGGCCACGCUAUGCUCCUCGUGGGCUACAACGAUGCGUUUCUCACGCGCGACGGGUACACUGGUGGCCUCAUUGUCAAGAAUUCGUGGCUCGAUGGACCGACGCAGGGCAGCCAUUCGUUGGCGUAUUGGAUGCAAGAGGUGUCGGACUGGGAAGAACGCGUCGUGUGUCCCAACUCGUACAAUCCGUUCAACUGGUACCAAUGUGGCAACAACGCCGCCUCCCCUGUCGUAACCCCCCACAACGACACCACAUCGUCGUCAUCCUUAUUUAACCGAACCAAGGCGUUCGACGAAGGGGUCGGCGCGUGCUUGUCGGAGGAAUCGCGCAUCUACGCCCACGUGAAUAUGCAGCCGCUGCACUUGGAGUGCGUGGACGGAACGGCGUGCUCGUUGGAGCCCAACACGACGUACUUUGUGCGCAACACGACCGACUGGGGCGACCGCAUGACGGUCAUGUGCGUGUGGGAGCACAACCUGCACACGCCGUCGCGAGAGUUUUGUCUCAAGCCGAUGCUCGAGGUGGACAUUGCACGCACAUUGCGCCCCGUGGCCCAUGAAGUUCGAGCCAACGACCCGGACCGGUGCGGGUUUUACUUUAUGCCGUACGCCAGCAUCCGCCAGUACAUUGCGCAAUUCCAGGGGUUCUACGUCAACAGCUUUGACAUCGAGUGGGCGCCACAGUCGUUUGCUGCCAACCGCCACAAGUUCCCGCACCUCAACUAUACGUUGCUCGAGCGGUCGACGCGCCACCAGAACCGCAGCUCGUUCGAUGGACCGUUUCCGCAUGCCCGGGUGGUGGCACCCGAGGAAUUCCAUCCCCAUGCACAUUAUCACCCGUAGUUGAGAAGGCGAUCAUGUGAUCAAAAAAUACAUCGUUUUAGAUGGACCUAAUACGUACAGGCUAAAAGUUGAACCUACUGAAACAAUUUGC